UCUGAGUAAAUUAGUGUGUCAGUCUGCCCAAGAGAUUUGUGACAGAAAGUUCUUUUCAAGUUUGAUGGUUGAUUUUUUGUUUUUUGUUGGAGAAUUGUUAAGAAAAUGGGUUGUUGUAAUCUGCGAAUUCUUUGCUUUAUUGUGGCCAGUUUGAAUGCAGCAGCCUAUCUCAUUGCCAUUAUGUGGGACAUCAUAUAUCUGAACACUGAAUAUGACUUGUCAUCGAAUCCUCAUGGUUUUACAAAUUUUGAUGUACACCAAAACAAUGACGUACAUGCAGGAUUUUUGCUUUUGAUUGUAUUCGCUGUGGGAUUCCUUGCUUCGUUGCUUUUUAUUAAAGGCUUGCAUCAGGAUCGUAUGAGAUUUAUGGCUCCCCUGGUUUAUUUUAAGGCGGCCUGUAUCCUCUUCUCGCUGACUUCCAUCAUAAGUGUCUAUAACACAUAUCUGAUGAAAGUGGAGUUCUAUCUGCAGGCCAUUGUUAUAGUCUUCACUCAUUUCCUGUCAUUGGGCCUUUUCAUACUAUUCGUUUCACCGUUAUUCAUAAUCUAUCAGCGCAUGCGUUCCAGCUCUAAAAUUCGAAUAGUAGCCACAACUCGCGAGGUAAAGCCAAGACCAGUCUGUGUAAACUGAGACGCAAUUUUCCGGCCAGGAAUUACAAUUUUUAAGAAGCUACGUGUCCUUUGAUUUUUACAUUGCAUUAUUAAAAUAUUAAGUUAAUGUCUGUUACUGUUUUUAAGAUUCAAUCAUAAACGUUAUUGAAAUAUAUCUUGUAAUAAUAUGUACUUGUUGAUAUGUACUUAAAUAAAACGGAAAUAUUAAAUAG